UCGUUGUCACUCCUCGCAGCAUUCCAUUUAUGUAGUAUCCCAGGACGCGUGCCGAACGACUGAAGCUCUAUGGGUCCUCCGGGAUUGGGACCCGUCUCAGCAACGUACCUUUAUGCGCCGCCAACGAUGACACUCAGCCCGAUCUAUCCGGGACAAGGGCCUGCUCCCCGACUUCUGAACAUAGAUCUGGUGGCCACUUGCCCCGGCGAUUUGCCGCGAGGGAUUUACUCGCUUACUACAUAAACUCAAGCUCUCUGGGAUCACGAGCACCCUCUCUUUCUCACCCUGCAUGUCGGAGAACGCAGCGGAUGCCAAAUUUCGCGGUGCGUCCGUGCGCGAGGUCAUCGAAGUGUACCAGCAGGAGCCCAACAAGCUCGUGCGGCACCUGAAGAACCGUGAGGGGCUCGUCGCGUUUUGCUGCGUGUGGAUGCUGACGCGCUUGAAAACCGCGGACAGUAUUGGGGGAGUGAUUGGCACAGGGCUGUUCCUGGGCACGGCAACCGCGCUGCGUCACGGCGGGCCUGCUGGUUUGCUGAUCGCAUACCUCCUCGUUGGAAGUAUAUGUUACUCGGUCAUGAUCUCGCUCGGUGAAAUGGUGGCCUAUCUCCCGAUCCCAGGGGGACAUAUCAAGCUUGCAGAAAGAUUUGUGGAUCCGGCCUUCUCCUUUGCCAUGGGCUGGAACUACUGGUAUAACCUGAUCAGUUGCGUCCUCCGUGUUCUUUCGUUGCAGUAUCCUCGGUACUCAUAUGUUUCGGACACGCUGCCUGCCGAAAUGUCUGCUGCGGCCGUUUUGGUCGACUACUGGGAUAACUCCGUCAGCGAAGUUGUUUGGAUCACGAUGAUUCUGAUCUUCGUGGUGGGGAUCAACAUGUGUGGGGUGGGUGUGUACGGAGAAGCCGAGUUCAUCUUUGCUUCGAUCAAAGUGAUCACUAUCACUGGAUUGAUCGUGCUCGGCCUUGUCCUUGACCUGGGGGGCGGCCCUGACCACGAUCGUCUGGGAUUUCGUUUCUGGAAACACCCGGGUCCUUUUGGUGAGUAUGGCGACAUUCCGGGUGCAGAGGGCCGCUUCGUCGGGUGGUGGUCUGUGAUGGCCCAGGCUGCGUUUUCGUUCAUUGGGACCGAGAUCGUUGCGAUCGCUGCUGGAGAAGCGAAGAACCCACGACGGAAUUUGCCGAAGGCCAUCCGGCGUGUCUACAUCCGACUCCUUCUGUUCUAUAUCGGGGGUGUGUUCAUCAUUGGCUUGCUUGUGCCACAUGACAGCCCAGGAUUGGACCUUGACUCGGGCACUGCAGCGAGCUCUCCCUUUGUCAUCGCCAUACAACGCUCUGGCAUCAGGGUCCUCCCCUCGAUCAUCAACGCUUGUUUGCUGGCCUCCGCCUGGAGUGCAGGCUCGAGUGACUUGUAUACCAGCUCACGGGCCCUAUACGGUCUAGCGGCAGCAGGCAAUGCCCCCAAGAUCUUCCUCAAAACCCUCAAGAAUGGGCUGCCGAUCUCUUCCGUCAUAUUCUGCUCGCUCUUCGCGACUCUCUCAUACAUGGGCGUGACAGCCGGCUCUGGCAAGGUGUUCGGCUGGUUCGCCAACAUGACUGCGGUCGCGGGCCUGAUGUCGUGGUUCGGCAUCUCGCUCACGUACAUCCGGUUUCACCGGGGCAUGAAAGCUCAGGGCUACGACCGCUCGACGCUGCCCUACGCCUCGCGUCUGCAGCCCUUUGCGGCCUGGUACGCGAUGAUCUUCUGCGCUGCGAUGUGCUUCUUCAGCGGGUGGUCUGUUUUCGUCCACGGACACUGGUCCACAGCCAACUUCGUGACCAACUACCUCCCGCUCGCGCUGUUCCCUGUCAUGUGCGUCGCCGCCAAGUGCUGGUACCACCGUUGCAGGGGGCAUCCGCUCUCUUGGAUCCCGCCCGACCAGAUGGACUUUGUGUCGGAUAUCAGCGAGAUUGAGGCGGAAGACCGUGACGAUGCCCCUCCGAGGAAUAAGAUUGAGACGGCUUGGUCUUGGCUCGUAUGACGGACGCGGGGUGGCUGGCGAUCGGCGGAUACCGAGCUUGGACAGAUGUGAAUAUCACUCGAUAAUUGCUGAGUAUCUCUCAUUCGGUAUUUAACUGCCAAUGAAGUCGACCGGGCCACUCGCAAUCCAUUUAUCGGCGUGGCUCCUGGAAGCAGUUCGUCCGUCCUUGGGAACACGAAUUGGGCCUCGGCUCGCUCUAUUCUGCUCAUUUCUGUGCACUAUCACACUUCCGUUUGCCCUCACUAACACGUAGGCCAUCAGCACAGCUGCUGGAUGACUCACUGUCCUUCCAUUUCUCCGUCUAUUACGGCACGUCAGACCACGGCGGGUGGGCAGAUGGAGCCGCCGAGGCUGGCUGCUCGAUCUCAAGCAUUCCUAUCGAGUCAAGAUCUCCAGCUAAAUGACGUCCUGUAUGCCACCGACUGUAACGCUUCAAAACUGGGGUUCUUGGAGAAAUUCUGCAUCUGGAGUGUGUUCAGAAGCCGCGACUUUCUGGAAACGACCGGACCUACACUGACGUCUGCGUGCUCCGAAUGAAGGUUGUUCGCUAUUGACCUACUUCAAGACUAUCAUGGCGAUUCGCUCAAAUCUGCGUGGGCCUUGGGGCACACAGCGUCAUACGCUGUAUCGGUCCAUGACUUGGGACGUUUACUGCCUUUCCUGUGCUUCUCGUUUUUGAGAUAUGUAGGCGCCUCCGUUUCUUCUGA